AUAGUCAGUAUAUAGAAGGCGAUAGAAGGUAUCAACAGACCAAUAUUUCUGUUUUAUUUGUUUGUUUAAAUUAUAGUCAAUUUGUUUUACCUUUAUAAAGGCAUCGAGUUUGUUUAAAUUUAUUCAAAAAUGGCCGAUUUAAUUGGAAAAACGAUAUUAGUUACUGGUGCAGGCCAUGGUAUUGGCAAUGAAUUAUGCAAACAUUUAUCAACUCUUGGUUCAAAGGUUAUCGCAGUAUCAAAAUCUUUGGAUGCAAUGAAAGCUUUGCAAAAAGAACAUCCAACAAUCGAUAUAAUUCAAGUUGAUUUGAAUAAUUGGAAUGAAACAAAGGAGCUGCUAUCUUCGGUACCUGAGUUGGAUGGAUUAGUUAACAAUGCUGGAGUUGCAGUUAUUAAACCAUUCAAUGAACUUACUGAAGCAGACUUUGACUGCACAUUUAAUGUUAACAUUAAAGCUGCUUUCUGUGUAACACAAGCUGUAUCCGAUAAGCUCAAGUACGGUUCAAGUAUUGUAAAUGUUUCGUCUUUAGCUUCAUCAAGAGCAUUCCAAGGUCAUGCAGCAUAUGGUGCCUCUAAGGCUGCUCUCGAUUCACUUACCAAAGCACUAGCUUUGGAAUUUGGUCCGAGGAAGAUUCGUGUGAAUUCUGUUAAUCCAACUGUGAUCCUCACCCAAAUGGGAAUUCAAAACUGGUCGGAUCCACGUAAGGCGGGCCCUUUGAUCAAUCGCAUUCCACUUACUCGUUUGGGAGAAGUCAGUGAUGCCAUUAACUCCAUUGUUUAUUUACUCGGUGAACAAUCGAGUUUUGUAAAUGGACAUCAUUUACUUUUGGAAGGAGGCUUUUCUGUAUCAUAAUAAUUAGAAAUUAAAUAAAAGAAGGUGGCUUGGCCAUGGGACAGAGGAA